UGCUCUUCGAUGAUUUUCACUUGCGAGUAUUUCACAUUUUGAUUGAAAAUUUAUGUUUUUAUUGUGAAAAUAUUGGCUCAUAGCAAAAAAACCCAAGGGAACUGUCAUAGUCAUAUACUGUAGUCUAAACUAAUGCAGUCUAAACUGUAGUCUAAAAAAAAAAUGUCCAGCUCUUUGGUGUUUUUUAAGCAAUCGCUCUCAGUAGCUCUAAUCAACCAGAAGCAGCUGCAAAAAACUCUGAUAUAUCUUCUGAACACUUCCUGACCAACAAUCGACAGAAUUCAACACAACCUAGUUUUUAUGCUGACAUGUCAAUAGCCAACUGGUUCAUUUGCAAUUCUGACUAAAGCAUUCCUCUGGGACUGACAGGAUCCAACACUAUAAGAUCCACAGAGGAAGAGAAAGAGGAGACUAGGAGUUACAAAAAGAAUACAAAAAAUGAAUGUUGACCAUUUUGCUGUUUUGGUAUGCCAUUUUUUGCACUUAUUACUCUGUAUUAUUGAAAUGCUUAGUUCCACUGCUCUAUACUUCCAGGUUAAAAAUAUGACAACCAAGAUAACAAGACAAUGUUCCAGGAAGGACCACUAGGAUGAGUAUUCUGUGUUUUAUCCCCCUUGGCAGUUUUCUGUGUCUGUGCUGUCACUGAUAGGAAUACAGAGCGUUGUGUGUCAGCCAUGAAGAGCAUACAACAGAGACACCUUUGCUUGACCCUGGUUUGUUUCUUCUUGAUUUCUUCUUUGCCUGCUGCAGGUUCUUCAAUCAGAUUAACUGGGUCUGGGUCUACUCAUUGCUCUGGAAGAGUCGAAAUCUUGCAUAAUGGUUAUUGGGGAACAGUGUGUGAUGAUAAGUGGGAUUUAAGUGAAGCUGAUGUGGUGUGCAGACAGCUGAACUGUGGGACAGCACUGAGUGCUCCCCAUGAGGCCUUUUUUGGUGAGGGAGCUGGCCGAAUUUUGCUUGACGACGUGGACUGUUCAGGAAGGGAAACUUCUCUUAUCGAGUGUCUGGCCAAAGAACUGGGAAGACACAACUGUAAUCACAAUGAGGACGCUGGUGUGAUCUGUUCUGAAAGCCUCACAAAGCCAACCAUCUCCAUGAAUCCUGUUGGGGAGCUAAACUUGGAUCAGAGUGUCAACAUCACUUGUUCAAUCUCGACUCGGAUUUAUGAUGGAACGUUUUACUUGAGGAAGAUCCCAGGUCAUUCCAAAACGACCGAACAGCCAAAUACAAAUUCUGUCACCUUCAAUAUCCAUAGAAUGAGCUUCGAUGAUGAGGGAUUGUACGUGUGUCGGUUCAAGAAAAUGGUCUCAGGUCAAGACUUUAGGUCCCCCCAAAGUGACACUGUGAGUCUCUCUAUCGCUGUGAGACUGCAACAGCCGAGUAUCUCUCUCACAUCUCCUAACAGAGGGCUGGUCUGGAGUCCUGAAGGUGCAGAGGUCACCAGGGGUUACAGAUUUAUCUUCAUCUGCUCCAUUAACUGCAGCUACUCUGAGGGCCAAUUCUUUCUCAUCUCCUCUGACUCAACCAUCGUUGCCACCAAGCCUGCAAUCAACCACUCGGCCUCCUUUGACUUCCCUGUAGCUGAUUAUAAACACCAGGGCAACUACAGCUGUGUGUAUGAGGUCAAACUGCCUACACGGAGAUUUAAUUCUACUGAAACAGGAGCAAUCAGGGUUGUUAUUAAAUUGCCGCUCUAUAAUCUGCCACUGGUGUCCGCAGUAACUGCUGGGAUCCUCCUGCUGCUGUUUGUAGUGUUGUUGGUGAUCUGUCUGCUCUGCAAAAGAGGACGAAAAGCCAAGCAGCCGGGAACCCUGGUUCAAACUCAAUUGGCUGCCAGAGUGGGGAGUUGUCAUGAAGAUGAUAGAGAGGACUAUGUGAAUGUUUGUUCAUUUGACACCGAGAAGACUCUCAAAGAGGAAACGGUGAGAGUGGAAGAAGAGAAUAUAUAUGAGGAGCCAGAGAGAUACAAGGGCCAUGAUUGUGAUGAAGUGGCCCCAGAUUCAAUCUUGAGAAAGACCAAUGAUGUCUUCAGACAAGAAAGAGAAGAACAACAAGAAGAAACCAGUGAAGUUGAAGAUUACUAUGACAGUGUAAUCCAGCCAUUUAAUGAACCAACUUUAGACAUCUAUGAAAACCAGGAGGAUAUUUAUCUAGACCUUUAGGUGUCAGAAUGAUUUAAAAUGGCAAAAGUACUGGACCUUUGACCCAACAGUUUUAUCAAGUAAAAAAACAAUUUUCUCUUAAAGUGUGAACCGAUCAAGUGGACAGUGAAGAUACGUGUUACAUUAUGCCUAAGAUAUAUUACCUUGUUCUCCUCCUUAUUCAUUCUAUCAACAUAAUUUUGCUUUAAAUCUAUCCUAUAUAGAAAAUCAUAACACCAUUUCAAUUUGUAAAAAAAUGAAUACUACUGUUUAUCGGACUGUGUUUUAAUAAAAGUGAACUGUUUUUAUUGUAUACAAAAUUUCUCCAAACUUCC